AGUCCAUUGGUAACAAUCGCAAAAAAUAAAAAAUAGUAGUAGCUAUCAAACACUUGAUUCCGAUCAUGCUCGCUCACCUUUCACGGGUCGUUCUGAUGGUCCGUUCGGGAGAGGGGCUGACCAAAGCCUUGGAAUUUUACACGGCGGGGCUCGGCCUAAGUGCGGUUCGUGUGACGGACGAGUGGGCGGAUCUCAGAACGACGCCGCCAGCCAGUCCGCGUCCCGGCUCCGAUGUWGCAACCGCACCGCCACUGAGCAUUUGCCUCCGCGCGGUUACCUCCGAGGCCCAGGUCACGACGGGCUAUUCUCCCCUGUUGCAAUUCCAGGUCGAAAACAUGGACCAGGUGAUCGCCAAGUGCGUUCAGCUCGGCGGGAACCUCGACGGUCCGAUUCAAUACCCGGCCCAUGGAAAGAUUGCGGCCCUCCGAUCUCCCGACGGACACAUGCUCGGCAUCUACGAACCGGCGAAGGAGUAGCGCCGCACAAGAACGCACCACACGCCAGUAURUGCACUGGAGCGGAACACGUCUUGUGCCGCCAAAUGGGGCGCGCUGUGCGAACACCACCGCGAUGCGUUCUGUGCCCGUGCGACUCAAGCUUUUUUCCAACCGAUAGUAGGGGAGAGAACGACGGAUAUGGCGCCAUUCAAAAAGAAGAAACGGUGCAUGAUGCAUCGCACGCUGCGACACGGCAUGGCCACCAUUGACGACAACUUGCAMGGUUGUCCCGAUUUGUACGAAGGGAAAAGUUGAUAACCCCAGUACCAUAUGCAUCACUGAACAGUGGUAUUUUUCCAAAUAUCUCUCCCAUUUUCGAAUCAUUACUUCAUCUCGGAAAAAAAGAGAAUGAAGAAUGAAAACAAUUCAAACCAAUCGAUUAACCAUGCCUCMAAAGUUAUCGAAAAAGAAGGGUUCAAGAAAAACACCAAUGGGAAUCCUCGACUUGACUGGGCCAAUUUUUGCAACGACUUAAACUGUACAAGCCACUCAACAACUCGACGAGAAAUUUUUAAGAGUGAUGAAAGCAGUCGAAGAGGCAGAAGUUCCAAAAGGACGAUUGCGRCCUUUCUUGCCUCAUCGUCAAAUCCUUAGCUCUGGAGUUUGMGGAGAAAGUUGGUGAGACAACUUGACACAAUGGUACGAAGUUUGAAGCACCAUAAUGUUGGAUAUGGAAGAAUUUUUAAAGUUGAAGGACACAGCACUUCAUGAUGAGUCAAAAGAGAGGAUGAAAGUAGCCUUGAAGUUGCUCUAGCGAAGACCAAAAUGAACAAGUCCUUUAUCACUUGAAAAGYUCAUCAGAGAGGUAUAUGGUGCACAUGCAAAAUACAAAGAUUCAGAUGA